AUGGAAGAACUUGCAAAGAGAAAGUCUAUACCAGAAGAAAUCUGGAAAUCUAGAGGCCAGUUUAAGAAUCAGCAGCUAAACAAGGGGAAUAAUCUAGGAGCAGAGAGAUCCUAUAGAAUUGUCAUAAAUAUGAGAAUUCACAGUGGAGAGAGACCUUAUGAGUGUACUGAAUGUGGCAAGACAUUCAGUCGUAGUAUACACCUUACUCAGCAUCAAAGAAUUCACACCAGUGAGAAGCCCUGUAAAUGUCUUGAAUGUGGCAAGGCUUUUAAUCAGAACACACAUCUUACUCUACAUCAGAGAAUCCAUACUGGAGAGAAACCUUAUGAAUGCAAUGAAUGUGGUAGGUCCUUUAGUCAGAGUGCACAUCUUACUCAGCAUCAAAGAAUGCAUACAGGAGAAAAACCCUAUGAAUGUAAUGAAUGUGAGAAAGCCUUCCAUGAUCACUCAGCUCUUAUUCAACAUCAUAUUGUCCAUACUGCAGAGAAACCCUAUGAAUGUCAUGACUGUGGGAAAGCUUUCAGUUACUGUUCGGACCUCUUUCAACAUCAGAGAAUGCACACUGGAGAGAAACCAUGCCAAUGCAAUGAAUGUGGGAAUGCCUUUAGUGAUUAUUCAGCCCUUAUUCAGCAUCAUAGAACUCACACUGGAGAAAAGCCCUAUGACUGUAAUGAAUGUGAGAAAGCCUUUGGUAACUAUUCAGCUGUUAUUCGACAUCAAAGAACACAUACAGGAGAAAAGCCUUAUGAAUGUAAGCAAUGUGGAAAAGCCUUUAGCAGAAGCACAUACCUUACUCAACAUCGGAGAAGUCAUACAGGAGAGAAACCAUAUAAAUGCAAUGAAUGUGAGAAAACUUUCAGCCAGAGUUCAUUCCUUACACAGCAUACGAGGGUUCAUACUGGAGAAAAACCCUACAAAUGUAAUGAAUGUGGAAAAGCUUUUAGUGACCGCCCAGGACAUAUUCAGAGAACUCACACUGGAGAGAAGCCCUGUGAAUGUAAUGACUGUGGGAAACCUUUCAGUUUCUGUUCACCCCUAAUUCAACAUAAGAGAAAUCAUACCCGAAAGAAGCCCUAUAAAUGCACUGAAUGUGGAAAAGCCUUCAGUGAUCGGUUAGCACUUGUUCAACAUCAGAUAAAUCACACUGGAGAAAAUACCUAUAAAUGUACUGAAUGUGGAAAAGCAUUCAGUCAGAGUACACACCUCAAAAAUCACCAGAAAACUCAUACUAGUGAAAAAUCCUAUAAAUGUAAUAAAUGUAGAAAGGCAUUCAGUUACUGCUCUGGUCUUAUUCAACAUCAGGUCAUUCAUACUGUAGAAAAACCUUAUGAAUGCAGUAAAUGUGGCAAAGCCUUUAGGCAGAGGACAGACCUUAAAAAACAUCAGAAAAUGCAUACUGAAGAGAAACCCUAUGAAUGUAAUGAAUGUGGGAAAGCCUUUAGCCAGAGCACAUAUCUUACAAAACACCAAAAAAUUCAUAAUGAAGAGAAAUCAAGUAUACAUACUGAGUGUGGGGAAACCAUUAGACAAAACUCUUCUUUUUUACAACAAUAAAAACUUCACGCUGGAGAGAAAUUCUCUGAAUGCCUUAAGAAUUUGGUUAAUAUGGAGACCCUUCCCAGGGAAACAGAAGGAGGAUCAUAAAAACUGUUGACUGCUUAGAAUGAUCACAUGGUUUAGUGGAGAGAGCAUGUUUCUGGGUUUUAGAAGUCAUGGAUCUCAAUCUCAGCUCUAUUACUAACUAGAUCUUUUACUUCGGGGUAAGUCACUUCAUAUCUUCAGGCCUUAAUUUCCUCAUCUGAAAAAUUGGAAGGCCUGAUUUGUUGAGCUUUAAGAUCCUCAAUUAUUAUAUUUACUAGGAAUUCAAGUUUCUAUAAAUGUGGUUCAGAAUUGUGACUUAUUUAAUGUACAUCAGGUAUGACUCACAAGUGAGCUUGUAGUAGCUAUUAAGGAGUCAAUAAAGAUAU